AUGGCUGCGCCCUUUGCCGUGCACGCCGUACCGACCUCGGCCCGGGACCCCAAGACGUCUUCGACGCUGGAGCCGUACCAGGUCUCGUACCUCUCGAUGCUCCUCUCGUCGGAGAUUCUCAAGUUUGGCGGUCCAUUCACCCUCAAGUCGGGCCGCCAGUCGCCCUACUUUUUCAACGCGGGCCUCUUCUGCACGGGCGAGAGCAUCGCCGCCGUCGCGAGCUGCUAUGCCGAGCGGAUCAAGCGCAGCGGCGUCGAGUUUGACGUCCUGUUUGGCCCUGCCUACAAGGGCAUCCCGCUCGCUGCCACGGUCGCCAUGGCCCUGCAGCUGCAGCACGGCAUCAAUGUCGGCUUCACCUACAACCGCAAGGAGGCUAAGACGCACGGCGAGGGCGGCACCCUGGUCGGUGCGUCAAUGAAGGGAAAGAGGGUGCUCGUACUCGACGACGUCAUGACGGCCGGCACCGCCAUCAACGAGGCCGUUGCAUACAUUGCGGCAGAGAAGGACGCAAAGCUCGUCGGCGUCUGCAUUGCCCUCGAUAGGCAGGAGCGGAUCAAGGAGGACGACACGGAGGGGACCGUCGACAUGGUGAGCAAGCGGCUAGGUGUGCCAGUCCUCAGCGUCGUGGGACUGGACCAGAUCAUUGCGUUCCUUGAGGCGCGGGGAGGAUACGAAAAGGAGAUCGAGAGCAUGAAGGACUACCGGGCAAGAUACGGCAGCGUAAAGGGGUGAACGUGUUGUUUGUGAAAAAAAAAUGGCAUUUCUAUCUAGAGUCCCUAUUUGUGUGUGCUAGAAGCGCGAACCAAACGUGAUG